AUAUAAUUUUCUUAACUGUUGUUAAAAUGAGACCUUCAAUAUUAUUUUUAAGAGUUGAAACUAUCAUUUUACACACUACUGGGAUUUAAAAAUCUGAUGUGGAUUUUACGUGAUUAGAUACACCUUUUACGAUGUAUUAUCAUUUAUUACUAUGUAGCGUUUACGUUGGUUAUUUUCCAAGCGAAAAUAUUAAUGAGUUAUUUGAAUUAGAUAACAGGUUGAAUAAUCUGUGGACUGCAAUAAUGAGCAAAUAUUAUUUCAUGAACGCUAUUUGAUCGCUUUUGAUACUCCUCCCUAUAAUGUAACAAAUUCGCGUUUUAUUGACACAGCUGUUACACGUAAUGUUCCAAGCAGAUAUAUAAGUUGCGAAGAAAUCCGAAUCAAAGCACACACUCCUGAGUAUUCGUCUUUUCCACUCGUUAACAUCAAACACGAGCGAAAAUGAUCUUCAAGUACUUCCAAAUUAUCGCCAUCCUUGGUGCUACUACUGUUUUGGCUUUACCAGUAGCUGACAAUGGACCAAUUCAACUGUCCGGGAGCAUUUCGGGUCCUGGAUUUUCAGCUUCAAAUAACGGCAGCUUCGACAUCGGCGAUGCCACCAAGGAUGUUUCCAACGUUAUGAAGGGUAUGCAGGGUUUAGUAGACUCUGCCCAGCAUAUGGUGGAAAAUAGGUUGUCAAACAUCAUGAAUGAAUCUUCGACGAUCUUGCACGACGGUCUGGAAAGUGCCCAGAAACUUCGAGGCAACGCUGGCGAUUUUCUCGCUAACGCGACUAAUGUAUUGGGACACGCUCUUCAGGAAGCUGGUAACAACACCGACGCGAUCUUCAGGAACGUGAGCAACGCCGUGGCAGGCAGAUUGAACAAUGCUAGAAAGCAGGCACAGAACGUCAUUGACGAUUUGAAAGCAAAUGUCUCGUCGCUUAGGAACGUGUCCUCCGAGGUCCGCAAGAACGUGACCAACCGAUUGAACCAACUCGAGGAUAGUCUUGGUGAAGCAUGGAGGAACCAGAGUGCAAGAUUAGGAAAAGCAAUUUCUCAAGCAAGAAACGAAGCCGAAGAACGCUUCCUGCAGAUAGCCAAGAACGUAACGAACAGAUUGAGAAAUGCUUUGAAGAAUGCCACGAAUAUGGGACACAAUCUGAACAAGGAUGCCGCAACUGCUUUAAAUCAUACGCUGGAUGCGUUGAAAAAUGCCAGCAGCAAUUCCCAGAAAGUUUUCGAUGAUGUCUCAAAGGACGUGAACCAAGGCAUCGAAGGAUUCGAAAAUGACGCUCUCAAUAUCUCAAAAGGUGUGUCGCAAGGUGUAAACUCUACGCUGGACAAUAUUGGCCAGGUAGCUCGCGAGAUCAGGAACCAACUUGGAAACAACUUUAACAAUGCUACAGAAAACGGGCUGAAUCGUUUGUCGCAGAUCGCCAACAAUGUUACUCUUGCUUUGAACAACACCAACGCGGCCAUACGCCACCAAUUCCAAAACGUCAACCACCGAGUGUCCAAUGCAACGAGUGGAAUAAGUCACACGGUUGGAAAUAUAUUAGGAAACAUUACAAACGCAACGGAGCAUGUCUUGAACAAUGUGAGACACCAAAUGGACGACCUUAGGAACAAUAGCAACGCUGUCUUCCAUAACGUCACACAGGAAAUCGAACGUCGAGUACAGAAUGCCCGGAGUAACGCUUCUCAAAUAUUGAACGCCAUCAGGAACGCAACGAAAGCAUCGUUGGAAUCGUUUGUGGACCGUAUCAAGAAACUCAACAGCGUAGGUAACGAUGUCAAGAACGCCAUCGAACAACGAGUAGACAAUAUCAUCGAUAAUAUUUUGAACAUUUUGGACAACGUGGGAAGCAGAAUCAAUAAUACGUUAAGCAAUGUCGCUAAAGAUGCCCGCCAGAUCGUCGAUGGUAUGAGGAACCUCACGCUAGGAGGAGUAAACGAUUUUGCCAACAGAACUCAAGCAGCUUACAACAACACAAGGGAUAUGUUCGAUGGUCUCAGGAAGAUUGCAGCCAAUCAAUCAGGCACUACGGUAGAUUUGUUGAGGAAUAACACUUCCAACGUUGCGAAUGUUACCGGCAACAUAGUCCACGACAUAGCAAACGGCUUGAAACAAAGAGGUCAGCAAGCUUUGCAAGACGCUAAAAAAGCCGCGAGCGACGUAUUCGAUCCAUCUAACCAGAAAUCGUUAGUGAAUCAAGCAAAGCAGAUAGCUGAUGAUGUCAGACAUGACGCCGCUACUCUUACUAAUGAUGCAUCAGAUAACAACCGUCACAUGAUAGACAAUAUUAUAAACGGCGUUGGAGGUGCUCUGGAUAACGCAAUUAGCAUCGGCGACAACGUUGUCAAUGAUAUCGGUAAAGGCAUAGGUAAUGCUGCAGGAAAUUUCGGGCAUGCGAUAUCAAAUGGGGUACAUGACGCUGGUAAUGCCGCCAGCACCAUAGGCAAAGGUUUAGCAAACAUUGGCAGCUCAUUAUUCGGUAAUUACAAUAUAAUCUUAAAUAAAACUACAAUUAAUGGUACAAAAGUAAACGUACGGCAUACUAAAUGAAACUUUAACCAUUUCUAGGUUGAGGCUAAAACACUGGAAAACGACGACAGGAGGUGAACGCAAGUUAUAAACGUUACAUCUAUGAUGGAACUGAACAACAAAUUAAGAGUUAAAAUUGUUACAAGAAUAAUUCGAUAAAACGAUUUUAAAUGUAAAAACAAGCUGUACCAGUAUUCGGCAUUAUAACUUUAAUUAAAGAACACACAACGAGGAAUGCCAAGAAUUGGUACAGACUUUGUUUAAAUCAAGGAAAAGUGUAUACAUAAGUAACUGUAAAUGCAAAUAACUGUUACUUGGUGUACUAAUAAAAAUCAGUAAAUAGGAACUUUGUCUAAUUCAAUAAUAUAUGCGUAAAUCACGGGAACGUCAUGUUCGAGCGGGUCUGACG